UUGAGUGUAACAAGGUGGGAGCCGAGUGUUCUGCUCCACCUGUGUCUGGGGCUCUCUCCAAAGUCCACUAUCGCCGGCAAAUCUCUUCUAUAUAUGUCCAUCCAGAGAGGUGAAAUAACAUUUUCUGAAAGGAAAGAAAGCCUCACCCUUCUGGGAAAUGGCAGGCAAACGAGUUCUCAUAGUCUAUGCUCAUCAGGAGCCCAAGUCCAUGAAUGGAUCCUUGAAGAAUGUAGCAGUGACCGAGUUGACCAGUCAGGGCUGCCAGGUCACUGUGUCUGAUCUGUAUGCCAUGGACUUUGAGCCAAGGGCCACAAGGAAAGAUAUUGUGGGUACUCUAAGCAACUCAGAAUCCUUCAAUUAUGCUGUAGAAACCCACGAGGCCUAUAAGAAAGGAUCUCUGUCCAGUGAUGUGGUUGAGGAGCAGAAGAAAGUACAAGAAGCUGAUCUAGUAAUAUUUCAGUUUCCUCUGUAUUGGUACAGUGUGCCUGCCAUCAUGAAGGGCUGGAUAGACCGAGUGCUCUGCCAAGGAUUUGCCUUUGAAGUCCCAAAAUACUUUAACAAAGGUUUCUUUCAGAAUAAAUUAGGCCUCCUUUCAUUCACUACUGCUGGGGCUGAAACCUAUUUUAAAAAUGGACUUGGUGGAGAUGCCAGAUACAUCUUAUGGCCUCUACAGCAUGGUGUGUUACACUUCUGUGGUUUCAAAGUCCUUGCCCCACAGAUCAGCUUUGCUCCCGAACAUGUAUCAGAAGAGAAAAGAAAGGAGAUGGUGGCAUCUUGGGCAAGGAGACUGGCAACCAUUUGGGAUGAAAAGCCAAUACACUGCACUCCUUCCUGGUACUUUGAAUAAUAGCAUUUUGUAUUGCAUGAAAAGUACUCUUUGAAUACUGUGAGCAACUUCUCAGGGUACAUGAGCAUUUGUAUACAAAAUUUAGUGUUAAGAACCCAAUAAACCUUAUAACAAAAAUAA